GCAGCAGCAACCGCCGCCGCCGCCUCCGCCGCUGCCAUGGGAGCUGUAACCGACGAUGAAGUUAUUCGCAAGCGACUUUUGAUUGAUGGAGAUGGUGCAGGGGAUGACAGACGGAUUAAUUUGUUGGUGAAGAGUUUCAUCAAGUGGUGCCAUUCUGGAUCUCAAGAAGAAGGCUAUACUCAGUAUCAGCGCAUGCUCAGCACUCUUUCACAAUGUGAAUUUUCAAUGGGAAAAACUCUACUAGUAUACGACAUGAAUCUCAGAGAAAUGGAGAACUAUGAAAAAAUCUACAAAGAUAUAGAAAACAGCAUAGCUGCAGCUCAUGAAAAAAUUGCUGAGUGCAAAAAGCAAAUUCUUCAAGCGAAAAGGAUACGAAAAAACCGCCAAGAAUAUGAUAGCUUGGCUAAGUUAAUACAGAAACAUCCAGAUAGACAUGAAACAUUGAAGCAGUUGGAAGCUCUGGGGAAAGAACUGCAGCAUCUGUCUCAUAUCAAAGAAAGUGUUGAAGACAAACUGGAGUUGAGACGAAAGCAAUUUCACGUUCUUCUGAGCACCAUCCACGAGCUUCAGCAGACACUGGAAAAUGAUGAGAAGCUUUCAGAAGCUGAAGAAUCAUCAGAUGCUCCAAUGGAAGCAGAAGAUAAACAAUAGAUGUGUAUAGCUCAGAAAUCUGUGUGAUCUGUAUUAAGGAACAGAGGCUUGAACCACGACCACUGCCAUCCCCAGGACCAUUGAUACCACCAAAAUAAAUCCUCCUGUGGAUUGAAGGAUUUUCAGUUGCAAGUCUGAGAAUCAAUUGGCUGGGCUAAGUAGAAUGACCAAACUGCAGCAUUCUAAAUGCCGGCGUGUGCCAUCCCAACUAUAGGUCAAGAAUUAAGAUUUCCAUGUAUUGUCAGUUCAAAUUACUGUAUAUUAUAAAUGGACGGGCAUUUGUGAUGA